GCCAAACGGCUCGCAUUCGAACCGGAGAUAGAUCCCAUUUCUGAAAUUUCAAAUGCCGCUGGAAUUCCCGUCCUCUCUCAUCCAUCAGAUCCAGAUCCGACUCCGGUCCGAAGCAGGCAUCCCAUCCUACGAUCCCGACCGUCCGUCCCUCAACCUCCCGUCCCUAGAUGAAGCGAUUGCCGAAUUCGAUCCUUCGCCUCCUUAUCUUCGUUGCAGCCAAUGCCGUGGACGGCUCCUCAGAGGCAUCCAGUCUAUGAUCUGCGUCUACUGCGGCUCUGAACAGCGGAGAGACGGACCGCUACCGUCCGUCUCAUUCAAUUCCACCUUCGGCUUCCGGAAACUGCUUGAAUCUCUUGAAGUAGAUGGAUCGGAGCCUGUGGUUUUGGGCGCUGCAACCAGUGAAUCAAGUGGAGGCCGAAAUGCAUCAAAGGACAAGUUGGUCUUGUCUGAUUUGUUAGAUGUAGAGAUAAGGUGGCCUGAGGCCUCUGGCGAAAUUCAGAAUAGCAUCAUGAGUAAGGCACCAAAUACAAGCAACCGUUCUUUGAACUUGGCAGGAGUUGAUCUCGAUAACUUUUUCUCGAAUGCAAUGACAGAUGUGGCUACAGGUGCAGCUGAGGAAUAUUUAAUACGCACUGAACAGAUCAAAAGUACAGAAAUCCAUACAUCUUCAUAUCAGGAGAGUGUUAGUAUGUUUCCGAAUUUUCAGUCUUCAGAUAUGGCUGUGAACUCGGCUGAGACUUCAGGUGGUAAGAUGGGUGACUCUUUUUCUGUUUGGGAGGCUGAGUUCCAAUCUGCCAGUUCGGGAACUCUUCCUGUAGACUUGAAAUCAGCUGAACCGUUUGUGGGUUCAUCUCCAAUUGAUCUUACUAGGUCUGUUGAGGCAGUUGCUGCUGCAUCUGAUUCAGGCAUAGAUAUGACAUUCCAAAUCAGCAACCAAAGUAAUGAUGGGGAAUUUAAAAAUAAUCCAGAUCAGCUUUCAUCCAUGAAUGAUGAUGACUGGGAUCAAGAUGAUAUAUGGCACACAGGCGAUGCAAAGGUAUCUAGCAAGACAGGGCAGGCUGAGUUCCAAUCUGCCAGUUCUGGAACUCCUGUAGACUUGAAAUCAGAUGAACCAGUUGUGGGUUCAUCUCCAAUUGAUCUUACUAGGUCUGUUGAGGCAGUUGCUGCUGCAUCUGAUUCAGGCAUAGAUAUGAAAUUCCAAAUCAGUAACCAAAGCAAUAAUGGAGAAUUUAAAAAUAACCCAGAUCAGCUUUCAUCCAUGAAUGAUGACGACUGGGGUCAAGAUGAUAUAUGGCACACAGGCGAUGAAAAGGUAUCUAGCAAGACAGGGCAGGCUGAGUUCCAAUCUGCCAGUUCUGGAACUCCUCCUGUAGACUUGAAAUCAGCUGAUCCGUUUGUGGGUUCAUCUCCAAUUGAUCUUACUAGGUCUGUUGAGGCAGUUGCUGCCACAUCUGAUUUGGGCAUAGAUAUGAAAUUCCAAACCAGCAACCAAAGUAAUGAUGGGGAAUUUAAAAAUAAUCCAGAUCAGCCUUCAUCCAUGAAUGACGAUGACUGGGGUCAAGAUGAUAUAUGGCACACAGGCGAUGCAAAGGUAUCUAGCAAGACAGGGCAGUUUGAAAUCAACAGCAGGGCCAGUGAUGGAGAAUUGAAGAAUGAGUCGAUUAAUACAUCUGUAAGUGACGACUGGAUUCAAGAUGAUCUGUGGAAGAGCGGCAGCACAAGUGUAACUACAAAUGCUGAGAAAACUAAAGAAAAUCGUGAUUCGUUUGACAUUUGGCAAGAUUUUGCUAGCUCAGGAAAUGCACCAGAUCCUUUUGCGAAUUCAUGGCCACAAACUGGUGCCAGUAAUAUAGUUACCAAUGGAAAUGCUCUAGAAAAGGAUUUCAUGAGUGUACAUGAUGAUUUGGAAGAAAUGGACUUUGGUGGCUUUGUCCAAUCAGAUACCAUUGCAGGAACGUCAAGCAUUCAGAAAGGUUCUACUGAUGCAAAUACUAUGCAGUCGGAAAAUUCCCCUUUGGACAGGAUGGAGGGCAAGGAUGGUAUUACUGGCUUGGACACUGAAUCUCAAGUCGUAGUUGUCAAUGGUAAGAAUCUCACUGCUAGCAGAUCAGCCCCAUCCACCGAUGCCAAUGUAGAGAUGUUGAUAUCACAGAUGCCCGACCUUUCCUACAUGCUUGAGAGUAAUCUUUCUAUUCCACCAAAAGCCAAAGGUACCGACUUGAUUUUGUGAACUUAGAUUAUUCUUUUGAGAUUUUAAUGUUUUGUUCAUAGUUAGAUAUGCAUUCCAAUAUCCGAUCUGUACCAUGUUCUUUCUGAUUGAUUUGCAUAAAGUAAAUUGUUUCACUA